UUUUGUGACUGUUAGACAAUGUUAAAAUGCAUGGACUUAAUUACAAAGCACACUGAUUUGAACUUUCUUUUGAAUAUACAGGAGAUUAUUUCAGACAACUGUGUUGUAAUUUUCUCUAAAACAACAUGUUUCUACUGCAAAAUGGCAAAAAAGCUUUUUGAUGGUUUGGAUAUAAAUUACACAGUUGUAGAACUCGAUGUGAAUAAAAAUGGAAGUCAGUUCCAAGAUAUUCUCGAGCAAAUGACGGGUGGCAGAACAGUUCCAAGGGUGUUUGUCAAUGGGACUUUUGUUGGAGGUGCUACAGAUACUCAAAGACUUCAUGAGGAAGGCAAGCUGCUUCCGUUAGUUCAUCAAUGUCAACUGAGAGGAAAAUUGUAAACAGCCAUC